GAUGAGUGAAAAAAAGUUUUAGGAAUUAACUGAUAAAAGACAAGGGCUUGAAAAUGAGUUAAAAAUAUUAGAAAAGCAGAUUUUUGAUUUGGAAACUAAAUAUUUAGAAGAAACAGCUGCCACUGGAAAUGUAAUAAAAGGAUGGGAAGGUUAUACUACAAUAAAAAGUGGAAAACUAAAUGGAAAUGUUCCAAGAAAGACUAAAGCAAAUGCAAAUGAUCGUAUUUUUUCAUAAAGCAGUAAAACAUCUCCAUUUGUAAAAUUUUUUAUUAAUGUGAGUACUAAAUUACAGAAACUGUAGUAGAAGAGCCAAAAAGCCCCAAAAGUCCAUAAUUUAGACCUAGAAGAAUGAAGAAAAAGAAGCAUUAUGGAUACAAAAAAGAGUAUUUAUAAGAAUUAAGUUAGUGAUGUUGUAGAAAAUUCUUAGGGUAGUUCUUCAGAGGAUUUUUAAUAGGAUUAAGUAAAAAAAGUAAAAGGAUCCAAGAAAAUAUGAAGU